AUGAAUUCAUCAUCUUUGAGUGUAAGUGGAAUUUCUGAUAAAGCUUAAAUCAUUAAUAAUAAAGAGAUCUUGGAGUAAUUUGAGAAUGGAGAAAAAAUAAUGUUGUCUACGUUGAUUAUAAAAGUAAAUCAGAACUAAAAGAAACAAGAAAGAACAUUCUUAAUAACCAAUAAAUAUGUAUACAAUAUUGUUCCGAAGUCUGAUAGUAAGAUUAUGUAAAUAUUUGGGAAAAUUAUGUCAAAUCAGAUCAAAAGAAAAAUUAAAUUAUCUUCAAUUUAAGCAAUAAGUGUUACAAGUCUAGGGGCGGAGUUUGUCAUUCAUGUUCCAAGUGAAUAUGACUAUCGCUUUUAAUCGGCUGAUUAUCGUAAAUAAAUAUUAGAAACCUUGUGUUAAUGCUAUCAAGUGUACAAUCAUAGAAAAUUGCCAUUCUUCUUUAAGGAUGAUUUUACCUUGGUAUCUGUAUGCACAACUGAAAAUGAUGUAAAAAAAGGAAUUAAAAGAUUUCCCACAGAACAACCUAUUGAAUUGGAUGUUUAGGAGUUGAGAGAACACUGUAAUAGGAAGCCAUAAGAGUAACUGAUAUAUAAACGGCCUGGGCUUUAGAAGUAAAUCAGCAGUAGUAUGAUUACGAUUGAAGAUUUUGAUUUGAUCAAAGUAUUGGGAAGAGGAGCAUUCGGAAAAGUUAUGAUGUGUGAGAAGAAGGAUUCUAAAGAAUUGUUUGCCAUUAAAUCAUUACGUAAGGAACACAUCAUGGACAAGAAUUAAGUAGAGCAUACAAGAGCAGAAAGAAAAUUAUUGGAAGAAAUUGAUAACCCAUUCUUAAUUUCCCUUGAAUAUGCAUUCUAAACUUAAGAAAAGUUAUUUUUUGUAAUGAGAUUCAUGAGAGGAGGAGAAUUGUUCAAACACUUGAGAGAUAAAAGAAGAUUUCCAGAACAAACAACCUAAUUUUAUGCUGCAUCUAUCUUAUUAGCAUUGGAAUACUUACAUAAAAUGUAAGUAGUUUAUAGAGAUUUGAAACCUGAAAACAUUUUGAUGGAUGAAUUUGGUUAUAUAAAAAUGACUGAUUAUGGACUGGCUAAAUUUUUGAAACCAGGAGAUUUUUCAUAUUCUUUUGUAGGAACUCCUGAAUAUUUGGCUCCAGAAAUCAUUAGACAAAAUGGACAUAGUCUUGGUGUAGAUUGGUGGUCAUUUGGAAUCUUAAUUUAUGAAAUGCUAGUGGGCAGGCCUCCAUUCUUCUCGUAAAACUAAUCUUAAUUAUUUAAAUCCAUUGUUGAAUCUGAUGUUGUGUUUCCAUCUCAAUUGACUAUUAGCAAUUCAGUCAAGGAUCUCAUAACUAAACUAUUAACAAAAAAUCCUUUUGAAAGAUUGGGACAUAAUGGAGAUGCUUAAUAAAUCAAAGAGCAUCCUUGGUUCAGAGAAUAUCCAUUUUAGGAUUUGAUUGAUAAAAAACUUUAAGCUCCUAUAGUUCCAAAAUUGUAUGAUAAAUUAGAUGUUCAAAACUUCGAUUAAGAAUUCACCCGAGAAGAGGCCAUGAAUUCAGUAGUUAAUAUGGAUCCGAAAUUGAUAGAAAAGUUCAAGUAAGACUUUGGAGGUGUUACAUAUGUGCCUAAUAACAUGGGAUUGCAAUGA